CGCGGUCCUGCUUCCGGUUUCCGCUGCGGCGCGCGGUCAGCUCUCAGGCGCCUCGGGAUCAUGGCGGCCACCGCCACGAUGGCGACGUCGGGCUCGGCGCGGAAGCGGCUGCUUAAAGAGGAAGACAUGACCAAAGUGGAGUUCGAGACCAGCGAGGAGGUGGACGUGACCCCCACGUUCGACACCAUGGGCCUGCGGGAGGACCUGCUGCGCGGCAUCUACGCCUACGGUUUUGAGAAACCCUCAGCAAUCCAGCAGCGAGCUAUCAAGCAGAUAAUUAAAGGGAGAGACGUCAUCGCACAAUCUCAGUCUGGUACAGGCAAAACAGCCACCUUCAGUAUCUCUGUCCUCCAGUGUUUGGAUAUUCAGGUUCGUGAAACCCAAGCUUUGAUCUUGGCUCCAACGAGAGAGUUAGCUGUACAGAUCCAGAAGGGUUUGCUUGCUCUGGGUGACUACAUGAACGUCCAGUGCCAUGCCUGUAUCGGAGGCACCAACGUGGGGGAGGACAUCAGGAAACUGGACUACGGACAGCAUGUUGUCGCUGGCACACCUGGGCGUGUCUUUGAUAUGAUUCGGCGCAGAAGUUUGAGGACACGAGCUAUCAAGAUGUUGGUUUUGGAUGAGGCUGAUGAAAUGUUGAAUAAAGGUUUCAAAGAGCAGAUUUACGAUGUGUACAGGUACCUGCCCCCAGCCACACAGGUGGUGCUCAUCAGCGCCACGCUGCCUCAUGAGAUUCUGGAGAUGACCAACAAGUUCAUGACGGACCCCAUCCGCAUCCUGGUAAAACGUGAUGAAUUGACCCUAGAAGGCAUCAAGCAGUUUUUUGUGGCGGUGGAAAGAGAAGAGUGGAAAUUUGACACUUUGUGUGAUCUCUACGACACGCUCACCAUUACUCAAGCGGUCAUCUUCUGUAACACCAAGAGGAAGGUUGACUGGCUGACGGAGAAAAUGAGGGAAGCCAACUUCACCGUGUCGUCCAUGCACGGGGACAUGCCUCAGAAGGAGCGAGAGUCCAUCAUGAAGGAGUUCCGGUCCGGCGCCAGUCGAGUGCUCAUUUCUACAGACGUCUGGGCCAGGGGGUUGGACGUCCCUCAGGUGUCCCUCAUCAUCAACUACGACCUGCCCAACAACAGAGAGUUGUAUAUACACAGAAUCGGGCGAUCAGGUCGAUAUGGCCGAAAGGGUGUGGCCAUUAAUUUUGUGAAGAAUGACGACAUCCGCAUCCUGCGAGACAUUGAGCAGUACUAUUCCACUCAGAUCGACGAGAUGCCGAUGAACGUUGCUGAUCUGAUCUGAAGAGUCUGCUCUGCUGGAGAUGGUUGGGAAACGUCUGCCUGUGUUGGACUCCCGUUUGGAACUGUUGAGGAGCAGUUCCUGUUUCAUGGGGUGCGUGUGAACUCUGUCACAGCUCCACAAGACGUGCACUGUGGAUUCUGCUUCCUUUUCUUACCUGUAUGUAAAUAUUGCACGGCUUUACAUCUUUUUCAUUAAACAUUUAGAAGUUUU